AUGAUAGAAUCAUCAUCCUCGUUUAUCGCAUCGUCGAUUCCCCUGCUUCACAAUGCGGUCAAAUCGCUAAUCUUUAAGUGCGCCGAAAUUCUCAUGGCUUUGUUUAUAUGGAAACUCUUUUCCCUCUUUGCCGCCCGCUCUCGUCAGUUCACGGCAUAUCUCAUGUUUGCCGAGGACUAUGUACAACGCUUGCUUUUUCUGUCUUCGCGUGGCUUCUCGCGCGCCACUCUCCUCGUCCUCGGCUUUAGUCUUCUCAAUGUGGCUGCCUCUCUCUACGGGACCUUGCUCUGGGCACUUGACUCUCCAGGCUACAUCUUUCGACAAUCCGAUACCACGGCCGCCGAAUAUGCACACCUAAGCAUCAAGAACCCCCCCUAUAUCGUUCAGUUGCAUCUUGAUCCCGACAGCCUUGACGAAACAAAUGCGACUCUUUCCCAAGUCGUAGGAUCAGAACUUUUCCAACCCGGACUUAACUACACCUUGACUGGCGACGUCAGAAGAGGAACUCCCGAGAUUACAACACCAACGCGACAAGACGACGUUGGGGCGCGCAUCUGGCUUGACGAUACUGGCUUCUCGGUUUCGCCAGAUAGUUACGCCAUGCUACCUGAGACCUCCACCAUCGACGGCCAAGCUUUCCCCAGUUGUACAUUAUUUAGAGGAGGCUCCGCGGCCUGGAACUGCACCUUCAACAAUACCUUCUCAGUGUCGAUCAUAAACACAGUUGUAGGGCUCCCCGAGGUACACUGGGACGACGCGUCAGAUUUGAAACUGGAUUCGAGAUACGUCAAACCCAACAGGAUUGACAACAUCUGGGCUUCUUUUGGAGCUGGCGGCGGAUCUGCGGUAAUGAUGCAGGUCUUUAGUGUUACUAAAGGAACGAGGCGGCAUACCUUUGUCGAGUCUGUCCUUCGCGUCACAAUAUUGACGAGUCCUGGUAUUCCAUUUGCCGAAAAGGACGUGGACAAUCUGGUACGGCGGACCUGGAGUACCAACGAGACUGAGAGAAAGGAUCCCCUAAUCGACAAGAUUGUGGGUGGCAUGAUGAGAGCACAAGAUGAAGACCUCAGUUUCCAAUUCGGAGCCAACACGGUUGUUAACUCAAACCUCACGGCGCUUCAAUCCAACUGGGGUUACCUAACUGCCGUCGGCUCGAACGACAAAAGCGUUUACUCCCUCGUCAGCAUCACCUCAACCAACAUCACUCUGAUAAGAUCCGAAACCCUUGAUAAAGCACCAUCAGCACUAGAGAAGUGCGACCAGGGAUCGUUUCAGAAUGAGGCUUUUGGCGGAAAGGUUACACAGACUGAUUGUGCGGCAUCCACAUCCGACGAUGAAACCAACAAAUUCUUUGGCCAAGUCGACACUGCUGCUGUUCUUAUAGCAUACGGCCUUGGAAACGGUCGUUCCAACGUCAGCUCAGAGUCCCUCAAUGAGGACGUGUUGUCCUGGACCGAGAACACAUCGGCCACACUGGAAAACCUCCUCGUUGCAAGAGCCUACAUGGUCAGCAUUGAUCCAUCCUCGGUUACAAUUAAUGUACAAAAGUUGAUGGUCGCCAUGUCUGGCCUACAACUCCUUCUCAGCGCCCUCGCAGCGGUUCUCGCAGGCGUCGCAUGGCUUGCUUUAUCUUUCCUUGCCGACGCAUACUGGUCCAACACCUUCUUAGCAAGCGUGAUGCAUACCACGUUGGAGCGGAGCGGCAAGAGGUCUGGUUACGUGCAGAACCCGCAAAAUGUCGAACUCCUGUCAGGAAAUAAUGGGGACUUUAUCGCAGUGGCUGGUAGGGCAGUUGUCCUUCAAGAUCGACCUUCGGAUGGGUUCUUGGCUCAACAACAAUGGAUGGCGGGUAAUCAACCCGUUGCGUACUACUCUCAAGUACCUACUUACGCAGACCCGAACAUUCCGAUUCAGCAGACAGGGCACAAUCAACCCAUGCCCUACUAUUCUCCAAUGCCUACUUACGCAGACACAAACUUUCCGCUUGAGCAGAGGAAAGAAUAA